UGCUGGUUGCGCAUGCAAUAUGUUAUAUUUCUUCAUGUCAUUCGCGUUAUAUAUUUAUAUUUCCAUUAUUGUGUUUAUUCAAUGAUAAAUUAAUUUGAUCAAGAUGAAGUUCAUAUGUCAAUACAUUAAUAUUUUUAGUAGUAAUUCAUUUAGUUAUUAGGUUAUACAAUGAACAUUUGUUAUUGUGUAAACGCAUUGGUUCCAAUUUGAGUUAGAUGUAAUGUUAAUGUUAUAUUGGACCAUAAAAAAUCGAAUUUUUUCAUAGUAAUCAUUGUGGAAAAAAACGAUGACAGAAGAAGAACCUAAACUGGAAAUUGUUACCGAGCCAUGUCCUAUAAAACUAAGAAAAAUUAGACCACAAAACAUAAUUAUAAGGUUAAGACAAAGAGAAACUAUAGGCUGUUUAUUUCCAGGAACACAAGUUCAUGUAGCAAGACAAUUUUACCAAAAUGUAUUUCCAAAUUAUACAGUGGUAAAUAUAGAAAAACCUCAUUGUUUCCUCAGAAAAUUCAGUCCAGAUGGAAAGUAUUUAGUAGCAUUUAGCGCAGAUCAAACUUCUAUUGAAAUUUAUAAAUAUCAAGGACCAGCUGCUGCAGCGGAUUUAUUAAUUGGCUGUAAAGGAGAAUGUAUUGGACUCAAAAAUGAUGAAAGAUCGUUUAACAUUAGGAAUAAUAUUUUUAAAAAAUUUUUUAAGAUAAAAUGGACUGUUAAUUUAGUACAAAGUAAUGAGCAUCUCAAUAGGGAAUGUAGCUUAUUUACUGAUGAUGGACGAUAUGUCAUUGUUGGAUCAGCUGCUCAUAUCCCAGAUGAUUUGAGACCACAUUUUUAUCAAAUUUACUCAAACAAUGAAGCAUUAACUCCGAAUCCUAAAUAUCCUUUAGAAGACUAUAGUAUUCAUUUAGUUGAUAUUAGAAAUGGACGACUCUGUGAUACGCGACACUUCAAAAUAGAUAAAAUUUAUUUAUCUCAAAAUCAAGGUCUGUAUUUGUACAAAGAUAUACUGGCAGUUUUAUCAGUGCAACAUCAAACUAUACAUAUUUUUCAAUUAUUAGAUGGAAUGUUUAUAAAUGUGAGAUCAAUAGGAAGGUUUUGUUUGGAAGAUGAAAGAUACUUAAUUGUAAGUGCCUCGACUUAUCCUACUUCCAGACCUUUUAUAGAAGCUUCAAUUAAUAAUCUUAAACAUAAACUUCUUGUAUAUUUAUACAAACGAGCAGCAUAUAUUAGUGAUAUUACAGGAAAUCCACUCGAACUUAGACGUUUUUAUAAGUAUUUUGAUCAAUUUAGAUCUUUAAGAAUGUGGAAAAUGCAGUUGUUAGAUACAGAUCAUAUUUUAAUUCGAUAUGCGAGUGAAGAAGUUGCCACACUGCAAGAAAAAGAAGUUAAUGUCUACCAGCUACCAGCUUUAUUAGUUGUAUAUAAUAUGGUUUCAGCAAAAAUCUUGGCAGCCUAUGACAAUGCGUCUACACAGCUAUUGACGCAAUUCGAAAAUUUUACAGAUUUUUUUAGAAAUGCUAGAAUGAGUACUGACUGUCAAUAUAUGUGUUCCCCUUCGAAUAAUAUUUAUGCAAGUUGUUACAGAUUAAUACAGCAAAGAUGCAAACAAACUUUGACAAGUGCUCGAUUUGGAGGUAUCACAGAAGCAACCAAAAGAUUGCUCGCUCAACUGCCAAUUUGUGCCCAAUCUUACUCGAGUUCUCCAUACCUAGAUUAUUCAUUAUUUUGUUAUGAUGAUAAAUGGGUUUCUAUGAUGGAAAGACCAAAGCCCUGUGGAGAACAUCCAAUCAGAUUUUAUGCGAGGGACUCAGGACUCUUGAAAUUUCGAAUGCAUGCAGGAAUUUUUGGAAGACCACCUCCUAUACCGCGAUAUCCCCACCAACCAAGAGAAAGAGAUCUAAGAAAAGUUGUUUUUACUUUUCAUCCAACUGAUCCAUUUGCAAUAUCAGUACAACGUGCAAGUAAUAACAAUACUGAUUACAUAAUUUGUUUUCACGUGCGACAUGUGUGAAAGUAAUUUUUCGGCAUCGCGUGCCAAGACUCGACUUCCGCAUACUCGGGAAAGCAAACGUACUUUAAAUUUCGUCUUGCAUAUGUCGUAUUGAAAAGUAAAGUUAGAUAUAUGUAUGAGAAAUAAUUUCAGCCUCGUGUGGUCUUCUCACUCUCGCUGCGCUCAGGCGCAAACGUCCACACGAGGUUCAAAUUACUUUCUCAUACUAGUAUCAAAAUGUAUUAUUAUCGUACAAAGUACUGUAAAUUAUUAUUGAAAAAAUAUUUUUGAACUAUUAAAUGUCUAAUGUUGAAGUAUAGUCAAUUUUAUAAGAAUUGCAUUUGAAUCAAUGAGUCAAAUGUUGUAAA